AUGCAGGCUUCGAUCCACACCGCCGCGCGCCCCACGGCGCGCCCGGGCUCCAACAAGGCCGCGCCCCGGCGCGCCGCCGUCGUGGCCGCCGCGGCGCGAUCACCGAAGGAGCGCGUCGUGAUCACGGGCAUCGGGUGCGCCUCGGUGUUCGGGAACGACCCGGACACGUUCUACGACAACCUUCUGGCCGGGAAGUCGGGCAUCACUAUGAUUGACCGCUUUGAUGCGUCCGCGUACCCAACGAAGUUCGCGGGACAGAUCAGGGACUUCGACAUCGAGGGCCUCAUCGACGCGAAGAACGCCCGCCGCCUCGACGACUGCCUGAAGUACACCCUCGUGUCGGGCAAGAAGGCUGUCGCGGACGCCGGGCUGGACGAGGAGGCGCUCUCGAAGCUCGACAACCAGCGCGUUGGCGUCCUCGUGGGAUCUGGCAUGGGCGGCCUCACCGUCUUCCAAGACGGCUGCAAGGCGCUCUUCGAGAAGGGCUUCAAGCGCAUGUCGCCCUUCUUCAUCCCCUACGCCAUCACGAACAUGGGCGGCGCCCUGCUCGCCAUGGAGUACGGUUUCAUGGGCCCGAACUACUCGAUCUCCACGGCGUGCGCGACCGCGAACUACGCGUUCCACAUGGCCGCGGAGCACAUCCGGAAGGGCGACGCCGACAUGAUGAUUGCCGGGGGGUCCGAGGCGCCGAUCAUCCCCGUCGGCCUCGGCGGCUUCGUCGCCUGCCGCGCCCUCUCCACCGGCGGCGCGACCCCGGAGGACCCGACGAAGGCGUCGCGUCCGUGGGACCAGGGCCGCGACGGCUUCGUGAUGGGCGAGGGCGCGGGCGUGCUGGUGAUGGAGUCGCUCGAGCACGCCCAGAAGCGCGGCGCGAACAUUGUUGCGGAGUACCUCGGCGGCGCGCUGACGUGCGACGCGUACCACAUGACGGACCCGCGCGCGGACGGCCUCGGCGUGUCGUCCUGCAUCAACCUCGCGCUGAAGGACUCGGGCAUCGAGAAGGAGCAGGUCAACUACAUCAACUGCCACGCCACGUCGACGCUCGUCGGCGACAUCGCCGAGGUCAAGGCGAUCGAGGGGGCGUUCGGAAAGGAGCACCUGGAGAAGCACGCCAAGCUGAACGCGACCAAGUCGAUGAUUGGGCACUGCCUGGGCGCGGCGGGCGGCAUGGAGGCGAUCGCGACGAUCAAGGCCAUCACCACGGGCAAGGUCCACCCCACGCUCAACCAGGACAACCUGAUCGACGAGGUGGCCAACUACGACACCUGCCCAGAGAUGCGGGAACUGGAGGUGACCGCGGGGAUCUCGAACUCGUUCGGGUUCGGCGGACACAACUCCGUGUGCGUCUUCGGGCCCUACAAGGAGUGA